ACGUGUUUUUAUUUUAAUAAAGUAUGCAUCAAAUAAACACGAGUGUCGAAAAAGGUUUUUACAAAUAAAUGUUUUAAUUUUUCAUCUCAUUUGGUUCAAUAAAGGCCAAUACUUUUCCUCCAUUUUGCAUGAUACAAUAUAGAUAUUGCUUGAUUUUAACUUCGAUUUCUGUUAGUGGGAUAUGUAGAUGUGAUACACAGUCACACUAAGAAGAAUUAUUACGAAGAGGUAUGAGUAAACAAAGAAGAAGUAUAUCUACUAAAACUAAUCGUUAUCCAAAUCAUCUAACACAUGGCUUACUUGCUAAACAUUGUGCAUCUGGAACAGAUUAUGAAGAAGGGAAUGCAAAAAUCAACCCAGGUGAUAAAGUUUUGGUGUCUUUAAAAAACUCACAACACUCAGUUUUUAAUGAGUUUCAUGGUGAAGUUUUUGAUAUAAAUGCUCACCUUAAGGAAUGGGAGGUAUUAGAAGUUAUAGAUCAAGCACAGACUGGGUAUUUAGGAAUAACCUAUGUUAAUGAACAUGAAAAGCAGUUAGUUUUGGCACAUAGAUCUACUAAUUUUUCACUUAGCUUAAUGGAAAAUCUUUUAAAACAGUCAGGUAUACAACAAGAUAUAGAAGGAGUGCUUAUGGGUAAUAUUUUGUUACAUCAAGCACAUGGCCAUUUUGCUACUGGUAAAGCCGUAAAUCUUAUCGAAACUACUCACAAAGAAUAUACAUUGACAUUUACUGGACAUUCACUUGGAGCGUGGUUAGCCAGUCUUAGCGUAUUUUAUUGCCAUGAUGAUUUUCACUAUGAGCAUGCACGAGCUAUCACAUUUGAUGGACCUGGUGCUUAUGAAAUGAUGGAAAGGAUGCGAUCAGGUGAUAUUAAAGGUGCUAGUACCGUUCAUAAGACCAAGUUAGAACAUUUAGAUAUAAUUUCUUAUCUAUCUGCUCCAAAUAUUGUUAAUUGUACCAAUAAGCAUGUAGGGACAGUGUAUAGGCUGUUUCCAAGUAAUAUAAAAGAUACAAUAAAAAAAGAAUUGACACAAAGUGGUGGUAAAAAAAUUCUAGAAUUUUUGACAAAAGAUAUUAUUGAUAGAAUACCAAAAGCAAUACUUGUAAAUUUUGGGCAUGAUGUAGACUAUAUAUUACCCCACUUUGAUCAAACUACAGGGAAACCUAAAGUAUGCAAAUUAAUAGAAAAAUGGCCUUCCAUUAUUUAUAAGGAUUUUGGUAACAAUUCUAGUAAUCUUAGUUUUUGGCCUGGUGUGGUAAAGGUUGGAGCAAGUUUGGCAAUACCUAUAGGGAUGCAGAUAAUAGAAACUGGCAUAAAAAUUGUUACUGGGGCAGUUCAAAGAGUUUUUAACUGCGAAAACACAACUCUAGAUAGUGUAGCACAUUUAGCAGUAGUCUAUUCCAAAGGAAAACUUGAUUUAAAUCAAUAUUGGCUUGUACAUGACCAUUUUGACAAAGAUUGCUGUUUUCAGGUAAACGUUAAAGAUUCAAUUGAUAAAUUCUUUUUGCAAUUUAAGGCUCAGUAUAAAGAGUCAGAUGCCGUUCCUUGGAAAAGCAAGAAAACUGGUACUAAAACUGAUAGACUUUUAAAAAUUUUACAAACGCAAACUGACACAACUAAGGAAGUACAAGAAAGGUUGUUAGUAGAUCUUGCAAAGAAAUAUAAAUACAGUGUGACCGAUAACUAUUUUACAGUUAAAGAAGAAUAUUGUAAUAGCUUUACUAUGGAUGAUAUUAGAGACAAGAUUGGAGAACUACUGCGUAGUGAUCCAUAUUUCGAGCAAUAUUUAAAUAAUAUUGGUAAACCGAGACUUAGCGGAAAUAUUGAAGAAGAAUCUCCUGCAGUAGCAGUAGAAACUGACGAAAUAGCAGAAUGGUCGGAAAGUCAUAAAGUUGUUAUAAUUAAAGGUAUGCCAGGCAUAGGGAAAACCUCAUUAGCCAAAGCAUAUGCUAGAGAUUUUAAAGAUGAGUUUACUACAAUAAUACUGUCUGCUAAUUCAUUUCGUGGGUUGGAAAAAUCUUUAAAAAAAUACAUAUCAAAUAGUUUAAAAGUUACUAGAAAUAAGGAACCUUUUAUAGAUGUUUUAAUUGAGCUUUUAAGUGAGACAAAACAACCAAUACUUUUUAUACUUGAUGACGUUAAAAAAUAUGCCGAUGUAUUAGAAUUUAUUGAAGGGUUCAGUAAUUUAACAAAUGUUAAGCUCAUUAUAACGACUCAACAUGAUAAAUUAGGAGUUAAUGCGCCAGAAAUAUCAGUAGACUAUUUAUCUGAUGGCGUUGCAAGAGCUAAUCUACGGAAGAAGGUACAGGAAAUCCUAACGAAGUGUUUAACAGUAAAUGAGCAUGCUACAAGCAAUUCUGUAGAAAGACGUACAUGUGACCUAGUAAAGUUUCUCUCCUUUGUUAAAUCAGGCACUACUUCUAAGCAACAAUUAGUGAAUAGCUUAUCCUGUUGUGGUUCUCCGACUGAAGAAAUAAAAUUAGCUAUAGACAAGCUACUAAGCUUAUCCCUACUGACCAUAGACAAUGCUCAAUAUAUUAGUACAAAUAUAUUAGUGCAAGAUGUUGCCAUGGAACUCUCUAAAUACCAAUCUGGAGCAAAUUUUUUACAAUUUGUGUCUUUAUUUAAAUCAAGAAAUAUUUUAAUAAUAUCUAUACUUUCAAAGUUGUUAACUUAUGAACUUGUACAGAAAGUUGAUGAAAUAAAACAAUUAUUAUCAAGUUUAGAGGUACAAUAUAAGUAUAACAUGGCAAGUACUUUGACGUUACUACUAAAAGAAGCCCAAACAAGCUUACAAUCAGAGCAACGUCAGCAAAUUAUAAACGCUUUAAAAAAUUUAGAGCAUUUUAUGACAGAGAUAGAUACAGAACUACAAUCUUUGUUGACAUUUUUAACAAGCAGUUGGUCAGAUGCACAAAAGCAAGGGGAUGAAAAGGCAUUUUUAGUUAAUCAUGGCUCGAUAAUAAAAAUCUUCCUUAAGGCAUUUAGUCUUUUUAAGCAAGAUGCGCAGCAACUUUUCUCAUGUGAGAAGGUUGUCGAGGGUACUGAGCAUGUUCUCGUAAUAGGACCUACAGGGAGCGGUAAAAGUACUGUAAUUGACCAUCUUAUAGGAACAGCUUUAGAAUGUGUUAGGGUUGGUCGUAAUGGUGCACAAACAGAGAUAAGAGUAAUGCAAGUAGUAGACUAUUGUGCAUCAGGAACAGGAAGCAGUGCGGUGGCGGAGAUUGGCAAUAAUCCAAUAAGUUCACAAACCAAUUCUAUUACUCCAUAUUGUAAUAUCAAAAAUAGCAUCACAUAUUGGGAUUUUCCAGGUUUUUUCGAUAGUAGGGGAGAAUUGAAAAAGAUGCAACAUGCCUUUCUUACGCAAUCUUUUAGCAAAGUAGUACCAAAGUUUAAGAUACUUUUAGUUAUAGAAGUAGCAAUAAUAAAUACUAUUAGAGGUGAAGGUUUUAUAAAUUUGUUAAAUAGUUUAAGUCAAUUAUGUUCUGCAGACCAAAUUCAGGAUAGUUUAUCAUUACUAAUUACAAAAUGUGAUCCGUUUGAUCAAAAUUCUUUUGAUACACAAAAGCAAAUAGAUGAGGAACAAACUUUUUAUGUAAAAGAAACAUUUUCCAAUUUUUUAAAAGAACAUAAGGCAAGCCAGUGCACAAAUUUUUUAGAGUUACUUACACGUGAUAAUAUGAAAAAAAAAAUUGCAUUUUUUUUUAAAGUCACUACAAAAGGUCCAAUAACAAAAGAUUUUUUUCAAGGUUUAGAUUCUGCAGUAGAGGCAAGUCAGCCUGCAAAUAUAGACUUCCAUUUGAGUCUAGACGCUACAACAACUAAAAAAAUUACUAUCAUUUCACAUUUGUUAAAUUCCUAUGCUCAACAUAUUACUCAAAAGAGUGCUGAUACCCAAACUGCAGAAGUAAUAAAAAAAAUUCAACGAGACGGUUUUCAAAAAAAAGAUUUAUUUGAAAUCAAAAAAUUUUCAGUACCUAGCAUAAAUGAAAGACAAUUUAUUGAAGGAUUGAAACAUGAAACUUUAUUGAAUAAUAUAGUGACAACAUUGAAAUUUUUCCAUAUUUUAAAUCCCGUAUGUGCACCUAAUGUAGCGAGUUGGAUAGAACCAUUUACUAAGUUUAAUACUGAGUAUGAUAAACUAGUCCAAGAAAAUACUGGUGAUACAAAAACAGCUGGGGUUAUGCAAUUUAAAGCCCUGAUUCUAACAGCUUCGGAAGUGAAAAAAGCAUAUGGAAGCCCAAGACCAGAAAUCACUGCAGUAAAAGCUUAUUCCUACCUGUUUAUUGUAGAUCAAGAUUUAGAACUUCCUGGUAUAAAUUUAGCUAUUGCAAGUCUUAAAUGGAGAGUUAUUGGUGAUCGAAAGAUUAGUCUAAAAGGUGAUAGUACUGAAAGUCUUAUAGAUAGUAAACCUGUUAAAAAUAUAGAUUCUGGCAGUUUUUAUGGAUAUGCAAAACAAAUAAAAGGUGGGAAAAUUUUGUUUGAUUUAGAUGGAGUUGAUGGAGAAGGUGGUAAGUUUGAUCUUUCACAUCAAGACAAAGAGAUAGAAAAGAUAGAGAAAGACUUGGAAGUAUUAGAUGCUCAGAUCAAAGCAAUCACAAAAUUAAAAUCUCUCUACACGCAGGGGUUAGAAAAGCAGCUUGAGAAAUUAACGCAGAGAGAAAAUUGUUCCAGGGAAGCGAUAAAAGAUAUUGAAGUUGAAAUUGCAAAUCUAAAAAACAAACUUAGCAAUUCUUUGUCAGAGACUGAAAGAGAGGAAAGCGCAGCAAAUGUACAAUAA